GUUUUGCCCGCUCCAGUCUUAAUAAUGGGCUGGAGGGCUCCAGCUACAGCAAGAAGGAACGAAGGCUCCGCUUCUUCAUCCGCAAGAUGGUGAAGACGCAGGCCUUCUACUGGACAGUGCUCUGCCUGGUGGGGCUCAACACCAUGUGUGUGGCGGCCGUGCACUACGACCAGCCAGAUGUACUCUCCGACUUCCUCUUUUAUGCUGAGUUCAUUUUCCUGGGUCUGUUCAUGUCUGAGAUGCUCAUCAAGAUGUACGGCCUGGGAACCCAGCCCUACUUCCACUCUUCUUUCAACUGCUUCGACUGUGUGGUGAUAGUUGGCAGUAUCUUUGAGGUGAUCUGGGCGACUAUCAAGCCCGGGACCUCGUUUGGUAUCAGUGUUCUGCGUGCUCUAAGACUUCUUCGCAUCUUCAAAGUCACCAAGUACUGGGCCCCUCUGAGGAACCUGGUGGUGUCUUUGCUGAACUCUAUGAAAUCCAUUGUCAGUUUGCUCUUUCUCCUUUUCCUUUUCAUCGUGGUAUUCGCCCUGCUGGGCAUGCAGCUCUUUGGUGGACAAUUUAACUUUGAGGGCGGUACGCCGCCCACAAACUUCGACACCUUUGCAGCAGCCAUCAUGACUGUGUUUCAGAUCCUCACUGGUGAGGACUGGAACAUGGUCAUGUACGAUGGCAUUAAGUCCCGGGGCGGAGUCACGGAUAGAGGCAUGGUCUUUUCCAUCUUCUUCAUUGUCCUUACCCUCUUCGGCAACUAUACGUUGCUGAAUGUGUUCUUGGCCAUCGCGGUGGACAAUCUUGCCAACGCUCAAGAACUAACUAAGGACGAAGAAGAGCAGGAGGAAGCAGCGAAUCAGAAGACAGCGCUACAGAAGGCAAAGGAGGUGGCUGAGGUCAGCCCCUUGUCAGCCGCAAAUCUCUCAAUCGCAGCUAAGGAGCAGCAGAAGAACAACUGUAAGCCUGGAGGCAAGUCAGUAUGGGAGCAGCGGACCAGCGAGAUCCGACGCCAGAACCUCAUGACCAGCCGGGAGGCACUGUACAACGAGCUGGAGCAGGAGGACUGGAAAGUGGGGGAGGGCGGAGAGGAGUCCCAGGUUUCGUACCCCAGGAACUCCCGGGGGGACAUGAAGACCCACCUGGACCGCCCCCUGGUGGUGAACCCUCAGGACAACCGCAACAACAACACCAACCGGCCGCGGCCCGGCGAGAUGACCCUGGAGCAGGAGUACCUCCGCCAGGACCUGGCCCAGCACCACUGCCCCGCCGCCCCCCGACCGCCGCACCCCCCCCACCAGCACCGACACAGCCACGCCCAGCCUCGGCCGGGGGGCGGCGCUGCCGGGGGAGGGGAGGCGGGAGGAGGAGCGGCGGCGGUGGUGGUGGUGGUGCAGCCGCCGCUGUCCACCGAGCCCGGCUGCAGCACCUCGGCGCCGGGGGCCCGGCCGGGGGGACAGGGGGGCUCGGGACGCCACAGGGAGCACCGCGGGCGCCGGGGCCACCGGGGGAGCGGCGGGCCCGGGGAGGCGGAGCCCGGCGCGGAGGCGGGCGUGGACGGGAGCAGCAAGGAGCCGAGGAGGUCCCGGCAACGGAGGGGCUCGUCCCAGGAGGGCGAGCAGUGCCGCUCCAGACACAGGUCAAAGGGCAAAGAGGGCGAGGAGGCUGGCGAGGACAGGAAGUCCAGGCAUCGGCAUCGCCACGGAAACCACCGUAGCAGGAAGGGCCGUCACAGCACCACCGCCCCCCCGAGCCUCUCCACCGCCCGGCCCGUCCAGGCCCACCAGAGCGAGGACCUGGACAACCUGCGCAACAACAGCAAGCUGGCCGCCACCGGCCUGCAGUCCAUGGCGGUCCUGAGCGCCGGCCCCCUGCCCCACGCCCCCCUGGACCACAUCAACAACCUGCUGAACCGCCAGGAGCCCCCCCCCGGGGAGGAGGUGCACUCCCUGCUGCGCAGCAUGGACAGCCUCAUCCUCACCAGCCUGGCCAAGCCCCACUACACGGCAGUCACCAUGCCCCCGGUGUACCCCUACCCCUCCACCAACGCCAUCCUGCAAGUUAACAAGAAUGCCAACACGGACCAGAAGAAGAAUGAGGAGAAGAAGGAGGAAGAGGAGGAUGAGGGGGGAGACGGAGACGGACCCAAACCAAUGCCUCCCUACAGCUCCUGCUUCAUCAUGUCAACCACCAACCCCUUCAGGAAGUGCUGCCACUACAUCCUGACCCUGAAGUACUUUGAGUUCAGCAUUCUGUCCGUCAUCGCCAUGAGCAGCAUCGCCCUCGCUGCCGAGGACCCCGUCAUGCCCGAGUCCCCUCGCAACAACGUGCUACGCUACUUUGAUUAUGUGUUCACGGGCGUCUUCACGUUUGAAAUGUUGAUCAAGAUGGUGGUCUUGGGCCUGUUCCUCCACCAGGGCUCCUACUUCCGCGACUUGUGGAACAUUCUGGACUUUAUAGUGGUUAGUGGUGCUCUGGUGGCCUUCGCCUUCUCGAGCAGCUCUCGGGGGACGGGCAAGGGAAAGGACAUCAGUACGAUCAAGUCCCUCCGCGUGCUCAGAGUCCUGCGCCCCCUGAAGACCAUCAAACGUCUUCCCAAACUGAAGGCGGUGUUCGACUGUGUGGUGAACUCCCUGAAGAACGUGCUGAACAUCCUCAUCGUCUACAUGCUGUUCAUGUUCAUCUUCGCCGUGGUGGCCGUGCAGUUGUUCAAGGGACGCUUUUUCUUCUGCACCGACGAGUCAAAAGAGUUUGCGCGCGAUUGCAGGGGCGAAUACUUGGUGUACGACCGGGACGAGGUGAAAGCUCAGAAGCGGGAGUGGAAGAAGUACGAUUUUCACUACGACAACGUGGCUUGGGCCCUGCUCACCCUCUUCACUGUUUCCACUGGAGAGGGCUGGCCGCAGGUGCUAAAACACUCGGUGGACUCCACGUAUGAGAACCAGGGCCCUAGCCCUGGAUAUCGGAUGGAGAUGUCCAUCUUUUACGUGGUGUACUUCGUUGUCUUCCCCUUCUUCUUCGUCAACAUCUUCGUUGCCCUAAUCAUCAUCACCUUCCAAGAACAAGGAGACAAGAUGAUGGAAGACUACAGCCUGGAAAAGAAUGAGAGAGCCUGCAUAGACUUUGCCAUCAACGCCAGGCCCCUAACGCGACACAUGCCCAAGAACAAGCUGAGCUUCCAGUUUCGCAUGUGGACGUUUGUGGUGUCGCCGCCCUUUGAGUACAGCAUCAUGGCUCUGAUCGCACUCAACACCAUUGUCCUCAUGAUGAAGUUUGACGGGGCGUCUCAGACGUAUGACGACGUCCUGAAGAAUCUCAACAUCGUCUUCACCACCUUCUUCUUCCUGGAAUCAAUCCUGAAGUUCAUAGCAUUCGGUCCUUUGAAUUUCUUCAAAGACGCCUGGAACAUUUUUGACUUUGUCUCGGUUCUCGGGGCCAUCACAGACAUUUUAGUGACAGAACUUGGGAACAACUUCAUCAACCUGAGCUUCCUGAGGCUGUUCCGAGCAGCACGUCUCAUCAAGCUUCUCAGACAGGGGGAGACCAUACGGAUCCUUCUGUGGACCUUCGUCCAGUCCUUCAAGGCGCUGCCCUACGUGUGUCUGCUGAUCGCCAUGCUCUUCUUCAUAUACGCCAUCAUCGGCAUGCAGUUGUUUGGUAAUCUCGCCCUGGAAGCGGUGGGGGAGGGGGCCGUCAACGAGCACAACAACUUUAGGACCUUCAUCAUGGCUCUGAUGCUGCUGUUCAGGAGUGCGACGGGCGAGGCGUGGCAUGAGAUCAUGUUGGCCUGUCUCGGGGGGAAGGAGUGUGACAAGCUGUCUGGGAACCCUGAGCCAGAGUGCGGCAGCACCUUCGCCUACACCUACUUCGUCUCCUUCAUCUUCCUCUGCUCCUUCCUGAUGCUGAACCUGUUUGUGGCCGUCAUCAUGGACAACUUUGAGUACCUGACACGGGACUCGUCCAUCCUGGGGCCGCAUCACUUGGACGAGUAUGUAAGAAUAUGGGCUGAAUACGACCCUGCAGCCUGCGGCAGGAUCACUUAUACAGACAUGUAUCAGAUGCUAAGACACAUGUGUCCACCUCUUGGCCUCGGGAAGAGGUGUCCAGCGCGGGUGGCCUAUAAGCGGCUGCUGCGCAUGGAUCUGCCGGUUGCCGAUGACAACUCAGUCCACUUCAACUCCACCCUCAUGGCGCUGAUCCGCACGGCGCUGGACAUCAAGAUCGCCAAGGGCGGUGCAGACAAGCAUCAGAUGGAUGCUGAGCUGAGGAAGGAGAUGAUGGCGAUCUGGCCCAACCUCUCUCAGAAGACUCUAGACCUGCUGGUCACCCCGCACAAGUCAGCCACAGACUUGACGGUGGGCAAGAUCUACGCAGCCAUGAUGAUCAUGGAGUAUUACCGCCAGAGCAAGACUAAAAAGCUCCAAGCUCAGCGAGAGGAACAGAACCGAACGCCAUUAAUGUUUCAGCCCAUGAAGCCAGCCUCAGAGGAAGGGGGCACCGACACUCAGGGGGGUCCCGUGGUGGUCCAGAGCCUCCCCCCUGCUGACCCUGACAACGUCAAUGGCAUACCUCCAGAGGGGGGUAUGACAGAGAGCCAGUCCUGGGCUACAGUCAAAGCCCAGGAGGUCUUCCAGAAGACGGGCAGUUGGAGUCCAGAUCGGCCCUACCCUGACGAUCCCCAUGACAACCGUCACAACUCCCAGACAGUAGAGAUGAGGGUGAUGGGGCGGGAUGGGCACUCUGACACGGAGCCCUCCUACCCAAUGGAUGGGCAUGGGAGGACCCACUCCAUGCCCCGCCUCUCGGCAGACAACCAACGGAGGAGACACAAGCCUCGUGGAAAUAAUCUCAGUACCAUCACGGACACCAGCCCCAUGCGCCGCUCCACCUCCAGCCUGGUGCACGGGCGCUCCGGCCGGGGUGUGCGUCUGGACGAAUACUCCCUGGAGCGGGUGGUGUCGGAGGAGGGCCGCCACAGUGGGGGCGGCGGAGGGGGGCAGCGCCGCCACCGCGACCGCAGCGACCGGAGCCACCGGACGUCGCAACGCUCGCUCACCAGAUACACCGACGCAGACACAGGCCUGGGCACCGACCUCAGCACCACCACCCAGUCGGCGGAGCUGCCUCCCAAGGAGCGUGAGAGGGAGCGGGGCCGGGCCAAGGACCGCCGGCACCACCACCACCACCAUCACCACCACCAUGGCUCCGUGGACAAGGAGCGCUACGACCGCCAAGACUACCCCCACCGGCACCCGCACGACCGCGACCGCGACCGCAACUGGUCCCGCUCCCCCAGCGAGGGGCCCGACGGGCGGGGCGGCCGACAGGGCAGUAGUUCCGUAAGCGCCAGCCCGGUCCCCUCCACCUCGGGGACCAGCACGCCACGCCGUGGCCGCCGCCAGCUGCCGCAGACCCCCGCAGUGCCCAGGCCUCACGUCAACUACUCCCCGGCCGUCCGCAAGCCCGCCUACGGGGCCCCGGGCCCCGGGGGCCGCCUGCGCUCACCGUCCCCCCGCCACUUCUCCCCGCCCGACCAUGAGCGGGCCUACCACCACCGGCCGGCGUCCUGCCACACCUCUCCCCACGGCUCGCCGCACCACGGCGGCGGCAGCGGCGCGGGGGGCUCCACCUCCAUGCAAGGCUCGCCGCGCUCCACGCGUCACCAGUCGCCCCGCUCGCCGCGCCACGGCUCCCCGCGCUCCCCCCACCGGGGCCGCUGGAGCGGGCCCCCGCCCGGGGACGGCCCCGAGGGGGACGGACCCUUCUACGAGCGGGACUACGAGUACGAGCGCCACCACGAGCCCCCCGCCUACGAGCAGAGCCUGUCCCAUGGCAACCCGCACCCCCGCUCCCCCAGGACUGCCCGCCAUGGGCCCCCGCCGCCCCCGGCCCCCCACCCCCACCCGCACCCCCGCCGGGUCCCCAACGGCUACCGCUCGUCCUCCACCUCGCCGCACCGCCGGGGCCCUCCGGGGGGGGCGGCCCCGCACCCUCACCACCGGCCCCCGCACGCCCGCGGGCCCCCUAGGGGCCCCCACGAACCCUACAGCGAGACGGACGAGGACGACUGGUGCUAGCGACCGCCGGGACGGAGGGUUGAGGAGUGGGGGGGGGGGGAGGAGGAGGAGGGAGGAGGAGAGACUGGAACACACACUGGGAGGGGGGGCUUUGGGGUCCAGACUGCUUACAGGAAGUAGGCGGGGCGACGAGGGGGUGAGUGUGGGAGACUCUUAAAAAAAAAUACUAAUAAAACGGCUCGCUGACCAAAGAGCGACACACUGAACCCCCCCCUCCCCCAGCUCCCCUGCAACCCACCCCCCGCCUGCAGAUGUCCGCCGCAGAACUGCACUACCCAGAAUCCUCUGCGGGGCCAGCAAGACCAGGGUUCAGUGGAGCGAGCGCCCGGAAGUGAAUCAGACAGGUGUGCACCAGGUCGGGGGGGAGGGGGGUCCGCAUCCCAGGUGGAGCAUGUUGUUGGCUCGUUAGAGGCUCACACGCCCAGGGAUGGCAGGGACUCGACCUCAGUGGCCUGUCUCCGUCCCCUCGCUUCGGCAGUGUUGUUCCUUGCCCCGCCCCCCCCCCCCCCCCCCCCCCCCCCCCCGCUCCCGCCCUCGUAGGCAUAGGAGGAGGAGGGGUCUAAGGCUUGCUCUCCGCUUCCAGAGAAGGGAAACGACGACGACAAGAAGAAACAAACGACUAGAAGCCAGGGACCCUUCCCUUACAUGCCAAGCUAUGCCUCCAGGAAACCACUUGACUUGAACCCUGAAGACGAGAGCGACACCUUACUAGGAGGAGCAGAACCACUUCAACUUGUUCUCCUUCCUAAGGGACAGAACCAGGAAGCUCCGCCUACACUGCAAAAACCAGCCAAUCCCAGUGUUGGCUGAUACUUGAUGAGUUUUAUCAUCUCUGUUUACUGUUAUAGACUCAAUUAAUGCUGACGGCACUGGUUUGACACCACUUCCUCUGUGGUGAUGUGGUGGUGGUGGUGGUAAUGUAACAAGGGGCACUGUGUGACCUCACUUCCUAUUUCCUGUGUGCUGGGGAGUGGGUUCUUUGGGGGGAGGAGGGGGGGGGCGCGUUGUCGUUUUUUCUCCCCAGGGGUGUGUGGGAGGAGUUUAAUUGGACGCUAUGGAUGAAAUGGCAGGAAAUGAUAUCACACAGUGGUAAUGGGCGGAGGAGUGGAAGGUAUUUCUUCAGUAUUUCUUCUAUCGGUUACUUCUUGUUCGGGACAUUAGAGCUUGAUUCUUUUCUUUGCAUUCGCUCAGCCUCCUUUCGAUAUUUUUCUCAGAGUCCAAAAACUUGAUGGAAACCUGCAUGACUGAUUGAUUAAAUACAUACUAGAGAGGCAGUUUAACUGGUGUGAGCGGGACCUGGUUUAUUAAGGAAACCCUUCCAUUUAGGUCCAUCCAAGAAGUUCUCUUUCCUCCUGCUCUCUCUCUAUCUCACUCGUCCUCACUCGCUCUCUUUCGAACACGCACGACAAUGGGCGGCCAUUUUGAGAGUCUUGUGCAACGUGGAUGCUGCUAGCGUUGCUAAGCUAUAGCUAAACCUUUGGUCAUGCAUGGUUAGGAACAAGAGAGAGAGAGAGAGAAAGAGUGAGAGUGGUAAAAAAAGAGAGAGACUUAUGAGGAAUGGACCUUUUUUUCCACACCGGAUUUAAUUCUUGUUAACGAUGAUAGUCUUAUGAAAAAUGCUAUAAAUGUCAAUGAAAAAAUGAUUACAAUGAUGAUGAUGAAGAUGAUGACGAUGAAUGAUUUGUAGAACUGUUACUGUAACACUGUUGUUUAAUUUGGAGUUCGGUAAUGCUAUGCCCAUCUUGUUUUUUAUCAACGAUACCCCCCUCCCCCCCCCCCCCCAACUCUCAGACCACCCACCGGGUACAUACACAGCAGUCUACUGUAAGUUAUCUGAGGGACAUCCUGCUGUUGCUGGGGUCUCUUUAGUGAACAAAGAAUUUCAGGACGUUCAUGGCUUAUUAGAUGUUUUUUGGGUGGAGAGUGAAUCUCGGCGACACGAACCGGAAAAUAUCUGCUGAAGUCUGCCUUUACCUUCUGGGAAAGUCUGUUGUUGUUUAAUUGCUUUGUCGUUGUUGUUGUCGUUAUCGUUGUUGUUGUUUUCCUUGGGUUCCCUCCUGCUGGCGUUGUCAGUGCAGUAUUAUAGUGUGUUAACAGUAUUGAGGUGCUGUUGCCAUCUCUGGCCACCAGAGGGACGUCAUCCACACAUACAACCCAUCCGUCUGUUUUUUACACAUCUUGAGUGGCAACCCUCCCUUAAACAUGGCACGUCGCACUACCGUUCUUUUCGUAUUCUUUUGGUUUUGGGUUUUAUUAUGUUGUGUCCCCCUUUCGGUGGGUGUCUAAAGUGUGUCUGCAGUAGUCGACAACAAACACACAGGGACUGUGCCAAAGUUGCACGAACCGCCCUAAACCCCCCUCCCCAACCCCACCUCAUGGACCCCAAACCCCGCCCCCACUGUCAAAUAACCCGCCAACCGGUGCCGCCCACUUCCCCCCUCAGCUCAGGAUGACCACCCAGAGAACAGGCGGAAGUGAGGUCGCUCCACCGGAGGAAACCGCCGGUUGCCACUGGCGACGCCUUUUUGCCAGAACUCCUUGGAAAUGUCUGCCUUCCUCCCCCUCUCUCUCACUCUCUUCCCCGCUCUCUCCUUUCGUCUCUCUCCGUUUAUUUUUUACCUCACUCAGUCCAUCUGCUGUGACAUCGCUGCUCUCAACGUAGCAGGAAGGAACAGAAAGGAGUUGUCAUCCUUGCGGUCAUGGCGACAGAUUAUAUGUAGAUUAUAUAUAGAUUAUAUAUAGAGCAAAUGUAGAGAGGACAAACGAAACUCUAGAUUUAAUUUCAGAAGUAGACAUAGUAUAUAGAUAAGAAAUAUGAUAAUAUAAUACAGAUAUUCAGAUAGGAGAUAUUUUGCCUUCUGUUAAAAAGUACAAUCUUAACACACAUGCGUACACACACACUCGAUUUCCUACACACACACACAAACACACACGUAGCCCCAAACCACAAGCACUGACUCUAUGCAGAGACUCUAUGGGGAGAAAGGAUGUACACCAGAUGAGAAUAACUCAUCUCUACCCAGAAGAAAUGAUUAUAAAACGAUUAUGACGCUCAAACACUCAAACACACAUCCAGCCAGCCCCUGACCCCACCGUAACACCACAAUUUGCCGCAGUCUUAGCUUAUUGUUAGCUAAAUAAACACGCGGUGCAACUGGUAUCUGUCUUUCAAACCCUCUUCAGUAUACAUGGUUAUCUAUCUAUAGAUUUGGUUAUCAAUCUAUUCAUUUUAGUAAUCAAUCUUUUUAUUCAUUUGUAUAUUAAUCUAUUGAUUGGGUUUUCAAUCUAUUGAUUCAUUGGGUUACUAAUCUAUUCAUUUAUUUGGUGAUUAAUCUAUUCAUUUGGUUAUUAAUUUAGUGAUUUAUUUAUUUGCAUAUUUAUUUGUUCAUGAUUCG